AUGCUAUCAGCCUAUGUGCGACAGUGAGGUUGAGCUUUCAUGCAACUGCACUUCACCUGCGACUUAUUCUUGCGAAAAACACAUAGUGAAGCAUUGCCAACCUAGCAGCAAUCCUCAUAAUUUCAGCUCGAUUUUUGUAGAGCCUGUUGAAGGCACAAAAGAAGCAAUCCUUAGUUUUCUUUCUGAAGAAAAGUCAAAAAUUAAAGAAAUGAAGGCUAAUAUAAUUGCUUCCUUUACUCAAAUUCUUUGUCGCUAUAAAAUAAUUUUUGAGGAAGUUUUAAAUGAAAUUGACUCUGAUUCUACAAAAAUUAGCAGCUAUGCCGGAAAAAUCUGGCAAGCACAAAAACUAUCGAGAAUAGAGAAAGAUCCAGCCUUAAAUUUGUUAGCCUUGCAGCCUCUUGAAGCUGUUGAAAACCUAAAGAAACUUUUGCAAAAAUAUCAAAUAAUAAUAUUAGGUUAUUCAGUAAAAUAG